GUCAAAUAGGCCGCCGUGCCGUAUGGCCACGCACUCUGGCAAACACGACGUAUCAGGAAAAAUAAUCACGCCGUGUUUGGUUCAUAAAAUGUUUAACAUUGCAAUAGAAAACUCAAAAUUAUAUUGAUAAAAGGUAUAUAAUAAGGAAUUUUAACGUACAAAGGUAUAAAAUAUGAAUAGUGUAUUAUUGAUAAAUAUAUAGAGACGACAUACUAAUGUUUCCACACGCACAGACGAACGCACGCGCUGUUGUUGUUGAUGUUUGUGGACUUAAAAAAGAAAACUAAGUCAUAUUUUCUACCUUCGAUAUUUCCGUUACCAGAGGGUGAUGAUGAGUUUCUUCGGUGAUGGGGUGCCUUCAGCCCCACUCACGGGCAAGGAAAUAGUCGGCACGAGAGUCAGCUUCAAAGAAGAGCUCAGCGAAGAUGUCACUGAAGAUACAUUCCUUGAAAUAAAGGAGGAACCACUUGAUUAUGGACAUGAAGUGAGAAAUGAAGUGUGUAACAUGAAUGUAAUACAUGAAAGUCAUUUCCUUCAUAAUCCUCAUGAUUUGAGACAUGAAUCACAUGCAAAAGACUCAUGUAACUUGGUUCAGGAUUGUAGUGACAUUUCAAAAGUGUCAUUUGGAGCUAAGGACUGUGGGAAGACAUGUUCAUCAGAUAGGGUUCAAGUGAUGUACGAGGAAAGACUGGAAGAGGAUACACAACUGAAACUGGAAUCCACAAGGAAAUGUUUUGCAUGUGAGGUGUGUGGCAAGGAAGUGUUUCAAAAGAGUCACAUCAACAUUCACACGGGAGUCCAAACAAAGGAGAAGCCAUACAACUGUGAUAUAUGCAAUAAGAUAUUCCCAUCCAAAAGCGAUCUAGAAAAGCACGUUGAUGUACAUACAGAGGGAAAGCCAUACAACUGUGAGAUUUGCAACAAUACAUUCUCUUGGAAAGUUAGUCUGGUAAGGCACAUGAGAACACAAACUAAGGAGAAGCCAUACAGUUGUGAAAUUUGUAACAAAGACUUCUCAAGGAAAUCUAAUGUAGCAAUUCAUAUGAGAGUACAUACAAAGGAGAAGCCAUACAAAUGUGAGAUUUGUAACAAAGGUUUUUCACAAAAAAAAAACAUCUAGAAAGUCAUAUGAGAGUACAUACA